AUGUCUGGCCGUGGCAAAGUUUCAGGAAGUGGUAAAGCUCGUGCGAAAGCUAAAACACGCUCGUCAAGAGCUGGUCUUCAAUUUCCAGUGGGUCGUAUUCAUCGUUUACUUCGUCAUGGAAAUUUUGCUGAACGUAUCGGUGGUGGAGCUCCAAUUUAUUUAGCUGCAGUUCUUGAAUAUCUUUCGGCGGAAAUUCUUGAAUUAGCUGGUAAUGCAGCACGUGAUAAUAAAAAAACUCGUAUUAUACCACGUCAUCUUCAAUUAGCUAUACGAAAUGAUGAAGAACUUAAUACAUUACUAUCGGGAGUGACAAUUUCACAAGGUGGUGUUUUGCCAAACAUUCCAGAAGCCUUGUUACCUAAGAGAACAACUGAAGGUGGUAGUUCAUCAACAACGCAAAAUGAUUCAUCAAAAAGAACUUCGUCAAAAUCGAGUGGUGAAAACAAAUCAUCAUAA